GUCCUGUCGAGUCCAUGACAGACGGGACCUUAUACGUGCGGGGGCCGCCGGUCAUAGGCAGCCACACAGGCUCGUUCAUGUAACCCUUCUCGUCUGGAGCAGUGAAAACCUAGACGGAGCCAGUCUCUCCUCCCGACCUCCUCCAAUCCCCACCUCCUCUUCCGUCCUCCAAUCAUCCCUCUCCAUCCUCCUCCCCCAACCCGUGCCGCCGCCUCUACUCCGACCUCGACGAGCGGCGAGCAGGCGGAGCCAUAGGGGACGACCACGGUGGCGUGCGAGAGGAGGCGCCGCAGCAACGCAUCCUGGAGGGGGCCCGGCCGUGUGGAGGUUGCCCAGCGGUGCAGGGCUCGAGAUCUCCUUCUCCGGAGGCGGCGAAUCGUCCACUGCUGCCCUGGGCUCGAGAUCUCCGUCGGCGGCGGGGAUGGUGACCGGAUGCGAGAAGAGCCCCUUCUGGUGCUACCGGACCUGCAACGGUGGUGGCAGAGUAGAGAAACAAAUUAUUCCCGCAUGUCCCGGGCCGUGAAGAGGAGACGGGAGGAGGCGCGUGGGAGGAUACACUGCAAGACCGCGUCUCGGAGGAGGGCGAUGGGGCUAGACAGGACGGCCGCGAUGGACGGCGAGAGGAGGAAGUUGGCGGCGCGCCGGUGGAGUCGGCAACGCGGAGGGCGGCGGCGCGUCGCCACAGCCGGCUGCUGCGUUUCGGCGGCGGAUGCAACCAGGCGUGCCCAGGAUCGUCCAGGAUUCGCCCCACCCGCGCGAGACAUCCAUUCCUCCCCUUGCUGCGCGGCUCAGGAAUUCGCCUCCGCCCAGUCGCUCGCCUCCAAUGGUGCGCUCGUGGUGGUCCGUCUCCACCGGUUCUUGGAGGAGAUGAUCGUUCUUUCCUCCUCACCCUUCUCCUUGUGGGUAAGCCCCAAUCCCUCCCCUCUCUCUGAGAUUCACGAAUCUGGAGGAGGUCACCAGGAUGUGCUUCUCGGCGAGGAGACCUCCGGGAGUGGCCAGGAGGGUCUAGCGGCGUCCGGCAUACGUGCCUCGUCGGCGCCAACGCGGCCACUGCAGCUCACGUGGAGCAGCGGGAGGGUCUUGCUGCCAGGAGCUCAAUCUCACCCUCCUCUAUUUGAACAAUGCCUACUCCACAUCCAGGCCUCUCUUUCAGGUUCACUCUUUAUCUCCCUCUUCUGCAGCUCUGUACAGAGGAACGUAGUUGUGGAAAAAGCACUACCACUUGGUGUCACAACCGUCAGCAAAAUUUGGAUUCAUGAAAAUGACUCUUGGAGAAGGGUUUGUGCUAGAUUUUUAUCCAUUGAUGUAGUCUCAGCAUUGGAAGAUGCAGAGGAAAUCCUGAGGGCAGUAGAAUACAUCUCCAAACAUGAUAAAAUGAUCUUGAUUCGGCUGAUGUGGUGCGAUGGUGGCGUGGGACACAUGUUGUGAAUGCUUUCCUAAUCUUGAUUUCAAAGG